AUGGACAUGCCCAACAUGCAGUGGUGGGCGAAGCCGGCCCCGACCAUGAUCGCCCCAGCGAACCAGCAGCUCAGUAGCAACGGAUUCACAAUACCCGGCCUCGGGAACGUCGCCAAUGCUCCAAUACCCGCGUCUUCUUCUCGGGCGAACCCCCUUCCCGCCCGACCUGUUACCGCAGACCACAUCACAAACCGAAAGGGACGCCGCACGCCGGCUGGCGCCGCAUCAGUCAGCCGCGAUAAAAUCCUGGCCCCCAGCGCGGCGUCCGGCGGCGUCCCCGACCCGACUCCCGAAUACAUGCACCGCGCGUUUCUCCCGUCGGUCGUCCUCCCCACCCCGCGCCCCAUCCUCGUCGUCAUGGACCUCAACGGCACGCUCCUCCACCGCCCGAACCGCCGUCAGGCGACCUCCUUCGUCGAGCGACCCCACGCCAGGCGCUUUCUGCAAUACUGCCUCGACACCUUCCACGUUGUUGUUUGGUCCUCAGCCCGUCCUGGCAACGUCCAGUCCAUGUGCGACCAGCUCCUCCUGGGCCCCCACGGCGGCGGCGCGGGCGGCGGCGCGCAAGGAGAUAGAGGCGCGUACCGUCGCCGCGUCCUCGCUGUUUGGGGUCGUGACCGCUUCGGCUUGUCGGACGCCGAUUACCAGCUCCGCGUGCAGGUCUACAAGCGCCUGGAUAUGGUCUGGCGCGAGGCGGAUGUGCAGGCGGCGCACCCGGACGCCGCGUACGGCGGCCGCUGGGACCAGUCCAACACCGUGCUCGUCGACGACUCGUUCGAGAAGGCCCGCAGCGAGCCGUACAACCUCCUCCAGAUCCCUGAGUUCUUUGGCGACGCCAACGAACCGGGCUACGUGGUACCCCAGGUUCACGACUACCUCAACGCCCUGUGCUACCAGUCUGACGUCAGUGCUUACAUGCGUGAGAACCCGUUCAAGGUGAGAGACGACUACAAGCUUGUGCCGGCCGGGCCAUGA